AGCUUAACUCAAGUGAUGUUGAAGUGGGACCAGACUCUUAAAUGUCUCUAACGUUUAAAGGAGAAUGCAAGUUAGCAGACACAUAAAAAAUUCACCCUUGUUUUCUCCAAAACAAUUCUUAUAUUUUUAGCUCUGUUUUCUCUCUGAGACUGUGACCAUCAAUUUGCCAUCAGCUUCUCCUGUGAAGGACAGAGAGACGCCAUGGUUGCAGAGAAUGAUGAGAUGGCUAUUGGUAUUGGAUGGCCACUUGGGCUUGGCUUCUUCAAUAUGAGACUUAGAGUUGUGGAUUCUCUUCCAUCUGCUUAUUCAGUUGCACCAUACUCAUUGCACAUACCAUCCACCAGUUUCUCUUCAUUCUCAUCCUCUAAUCUAGAUACUGAGUCGUCGGCUUCGUUCUUUCAAGACAAGAGUGUGUCUCUUGCUCAGCUAAUUGGAGCUACACAAGGAGACAGAGAAAGCUUGUACUUGUCAAACUCAAUGAGGUUGGAAGAAGAGAGGCAGAAGAAACUGGCAAAGGGUUCUUACAAUGGCUCUGAAGAACAAAGUGUGGAGGAUAUGUGUAGAGGCAUUUGCAUUCCCAUAUUGCUUCAUACCCUUCAAAGAAUUAGCAAUAGGACUAAGAAGACUUCAAGGAACUAACACAUUACCAAAUAUAUCUACUUCUCUACCA